GGACGUUUGGGCCUUGGAAAUUCCAUAGCAGAUGACUUGAAAACCGGUGACCAGCCCACGCCCAUGCAGAUAUUUGUGGCCGGAAACCCACUCCUUGGGUGGCAGAAGAGGGAAUCAAAAGCCCAAGAAAAGCGUGGCUUUGUUGGAGAACAUGCUCAGUUGCAGCUCAUUGCCUGUGGUGGUAUGCAUUCAGCAGCGGUCGAGAAGGAUGGUUCUUGUUGGCUUUGGGGUCAUGGUGAGUAUGGGCAAAAUGCUUCGGCAGAACUGGAAGACAUUUGGAAGCCCAGCUUGCUUUCAGCAGUGGAUCCCAUCUCCAGAAUGAAGAUCAAAGUGAUGUCUGUGGCUUUGGGCAUGGAACAUUGCUUGAUGAUUUCCACCAACCUGGAGCUUUUCAGUUGGGGUCGUAACCAUCGUGGUCAAUUGGGCUUGGGCACCACCACGGAUACCUGCGAACCCACCUUUGUGGCUGCAUUGGCUAAGGCCAGUUCAGUGGCAGCCGGCGAAGAUCAUUCUGCAGGCAUUACACCGGGAGGUGAGGUAUACACUUGGGGCAAUGCGGAAUGUGGAAAGCUGGGACAUGGUUCCAGCAUGAUCCGCAGCGCCAUGAGUUUUCCCAAGCAGAUCAACAUGGAGACACGAGUGAAGAAAGUGAACUGUGGACCUUUACAUACAGCUCUCAUCGGCAACAAUGGCGAACUUCUCACUUUUGGUGCUGGGUGGUUUGGGAGACUUGGGCAUGGUGACAUGAAUAAUCAAUAUUCGCCGAAGUUGGUUGAGCAAGUUUUGCAAGAUCUGGGCUCAGACUUGAAGGGGUCUCCACGAUUCCUGGACGUGACCUGUGGCUCUUUUCACACAUGUGUGAUUUGUGAAGGAUCCAUGCUGUGGGUCUGUGGCCGAGACUAUCUUGUCUGCGAAUCAGACCACAUCACAACUCCGUUGCUCUUCGGAAGAAUUGAAGAGGGGGCUGCGCAGCCCGAAAUUGUGACUGUUGUAGCCGGUGCCAAUCACACUCUUUGUCUGACCCGCUCAGGAAAUUUGUGGGGAUGGGGUGACAACAGCAAAGGCCAACUUGGCCUUGGUGGAGGGUCACCAGACCACGCACUACCCACAUUGAUAUCUUGCAAAGGGUGGAGAGGGAGAGAGAGUACCGGAAGAGAAGCAAAAGACUCCAAGGAGCCCACUGACACAGAGCUUACGGCGCCUCCUGAAAGUCCCACAAAGUCUGGGAAAUUAAAAUCAAAGGCCAGGAUUGUUGAGGCCCCCGAAGUGAUGGGAGUUGCUUGUGGCUACGCACAUUCCAUGGCUGUCACAGAUACUGGUGACAUUUGGGCCUGGGGCUUGCAAAGUGGUGGGCGACUUGCACUGAAGGUUCCCUUUGACGGAAAGUUCUGCCCGAUCCCACAGAAGGUUCAUCCGUCCUGGAAGUUGGUUGAAAAGCAGCCACCCGGACGCGGUGGAUGAGGAGCGUUUCACUGCUCG